CUUGCUCUCCUCCCUCUACUAGCCCCUUCCUCCAUCCCUCAUCCACCCUCUUUCUCUCUCCCUUUUUCUCUCUCCCUCCUCGCUCUCCCUUCCCUCCCCUCCUCCCUCCCAGGUUGACUUGAUCCAGUUGUUUCUCUGAAUCCAGCGGUGUUCUCUCGUCUCUCUCUCACACACAAGAUGUCGUGGACACAAGUGAUCUUCGUCUCCCUUUGCGCCACCGUCCUCAUCCUCUCUUUGUCCAGUGGGACGGACAGUGCCAGAGUGCCGGGCGCUGCCAAGGCCAUGGUACCAAAAGGCUCAGCCCGGGGGGUCUUCAUGCCCGAGGCGGACGCCUCCACCUUCUUCAAGAGCCGCGGCCGCCGCUCCACGCGCCACCAGGCUGAGCUGCACGCUGAGCAGCGGGUGAAGAAGGCCGCCAAGGCACGCAGGAUAGAGCUCAUCGAAGAGCAGAGGCACAAGUACGAGAACUAUGUCGAGGAGGUGCACGACGAGCAAAACGAAAGGACACGAGAGACCACCGAACAGUAUCGGGAGUACCAGUACGACGGACAGUACCCCCGCUAUGACUGGCACGACUGAAGCUGAGCGCGCUCAAUGGCUUCAGAAGGGGCGGGGCUAGAUCCUCCUCGAACCCAUCAAUCAUCGAAAAGAGUGACGGAACGACAGAGGCAACUGUUAAAUCCCGGUCCGAGUCUGAAACUCUACACUAACAUACUGCGUAGUUGGUUGAGUAUAAGGUAGUGUGUCUGAAAUCCUAUUUAAUCAUAUUAUGCAAAAAAAGUAUACUCAAAGUACCCGGCUGGUGUACUAUUUCUGAGGCAGAUCGAUCGUAGUGUGCAAACUGUGGACACUAGUUGAUUGAUAACCCUUUUGCAUUUUAAAAAGAGGACAACCGUCCAAACCGAAACAUCUUGAUGUUUUACUAACCACUAAAACCCCUAGACUAGACCAGCAACAGAAAGCCAUACCAUUGGGGAAUGGAGUAUUUAUAUCCCGUUUAAAGUAAGCAAAUGCUCAAUUCAAAUCGUAUUGAUAAGUAUUGACAAUUUUUUACCAAAUUUUGAGCAAAUAAAAUAAAUUGUUGUGAUCACA